GCCUUGAAAUAUUCGAUGUCAUACGUCACGAAAUUGUCGAUAGUCGAAAGCAGUUUACGAUUUAGUUGUGUGGGAACCGGUGCACAUAGUGAGCGCAGAAAAGUGGCUGCAGAAAUUACAGAGCAGGGACCAGGGGUGUCUCCCAUAACAGGUCCUGCUCAACCAUCUGAAGAGGGUGGGAUGGGAGAUAAAGACUGGCAACCUUUUGUGUAUGGAGGAUUGGCUUCAUGUACUGCUGAAUUUGGAACAUUUCCGAUCGAUACAACAAAAACCCGACUUCAGAUCCAGGGACAGAAAAUUGACAGUAAACAUGCAGAAUUGAAAUACCGAGGAAUGACCGAUGCAUUGCUACAGAUUUCCAAACAAGAAGGUGUUAGAGCAUUGUAUUCAGGAAUUUGCCCGGCUGUUCUGAGGCAAGCAACAUAUGGGACUAUCAAGUUUGGCACUUACUACUCGUUGAAACGUUUGGUGUCCCAUGGAAGUGGGGAAGAGGAUGUUCGAGUGAAUGUAUGUUGUGCCGUUGUGGCAGGAAUGGUCUCAAGUGCUAUUGCCAACCCAACAGAUGUGCUCAAAGUGCGUAUGCAAGUCCUUGGCAGCCAAGGCCAGAGAGGCAUUGUGGGCUGCUUUCAAGAUGUGUACCAUCAGGAGGGCGUUGCUGGCCUAUGGAGGGGUGUGGGCCCAACAGCUCAGCGUGCUGCUGUUAUUGCGGCUGUGGAACUACCUGUUUAUGACUUCUGUAAACAUUACUUCAUGGACUCACUGGGCAAUCACAUCUCCAACCAUUUCAUUUCAAGUUUCAUUGCGAGUCUGGGAAGUGCAGUUGCAUCUACUCCAAUUGAUGUAAUUAGAACUAGAUUGAUGAACCAGAAGAAACUAAAAAAAGAAGUUCGCAGUGGUGGUUGUCAUAUUUAUACAGGAAGUAUUGAUUGUCUUGUGCAGACAGUGAAGAAUGAAGGUCCAUUGGCACUCUACAAGGGCUUCAUCCCAACGUGGGUAAGAAUGGGACCUUGGAAUAUUAUUUUCUUUGUUACAUAUGAACAGCUGAAACAGCUGUACUAAUGUCUCUUACCCUCUCAUGGUUUGUAUUUAUGCAGUGUUAUGAGCUUUCGAAGAAUUAUAAGCAUU